UACAUGUGAUGAAACUACCCUGUUUCAAUGCUAUGUGGUUGGCAAUUUUUAUUUGACGGGAACUAAAUCCAGAGUUACAUUUGCAUUUCGACAUCUGAUGAACAGACGUGAAAAGGAUGAACAGCGUUACUAGGCAACACAAACGUAAUCCCCAAGCGGAAAGGAAAUCACAGUCAGAUGUUUCAUUAGUUAGUGUCGAACGUUAGCUAGCUUGAUGCUCUUCGUUCACCUUACUUAUUCAUGCUAUUCUUUGAUAACAAUUUUAGACAGCGAAAAGAAAAGGUGUCUUUUCUUUUCGUAUCUGUUGGUUCACUGUUAGCUAGCCAGCCAGCUAUGCUAAUUCUAGAUAGAAAAAAAUCUAAUAGUGCUCACGUGUAGCUAAUUUACCACUAACGUUACCAAGUGUUGUUAUCUAGCUAUAAUCAAUUUCUCCAAACUGAACAGUGACAUUAUGCAAGGGUAACUGCUGUGCCGUCAUGAUUCUGUCUCGGAUGAAGCCAGCAGUCGGUGGAGAUUCUGCAGCUAGCGUCAGUGAGAAGAAGAAGAAAAACAAAGCCAAGAAGAGCCCUCGCCUGGAGGAAUACCUCAAUCAGAGAGACUACCUUGGGGCACAAACUCUGUUAGAGUUUCAGCGAGAUGUUGGAGAAAAAGAGGAGCAUGCAGACCUUUGGGUUGGCUACUGUGCCUUUCACUUGGGUGAUUACAAGAGAGCAAUGGAGGAGUACAGGGCCUUGACACUCCGGUUAGAAGAACCAGGGGAGGUAUGGGUGUAUCUGGCCUGCACUCAGUUUUUCCUGGGACUCUACAGAGAGGCAGAGGAGGCUGCAAACAAGGCUCCAAAGUGUGCACUUCAGAAUCGCCUGCUCUUUCACCUGGCUCAUAAGUUCAACGAUGAGAAGAAGCUGAUGGGUUUCCACCAGAACCUGGAGGAUGUGACUGAGGACCAGCUGAGCCUGGCCUCCAUCCACUACAUGAGAUCACACUACCAGGAGGCCAUUGACAUCUACAAACGCAUCCUGCUACAGAAUAGAGAUUUCCUGGCUCUUAACGUGUACGUAGCGCUGUGCUACUACAAGUUGGACUACUAUGAUGUUUCCCAAGAGGUGUUGGCUGUGUAUCUUCAGAGUAUUCCUGAAUCCACCAUCGCUCUCAACCUCAAGGCCUGCAACCACUUCAGGCUGUACAAUGGCACGGCAGCUGAGGCCGAGUUAAAGAACCUCAUAGACAUCUCCUCCUGCUCCUUUGAGUUUGCUAAGGACCUUAUCCGGCAUAACCUGGUGGUGUUUCGUGGUGGGGAGGGGGCGUUGCAGGUGCUUCCCCCGUUGAUUGAUGUCAUCUCUGAGGCUCGGUUGAACCUGGUCAUCUACUACCUCGGACAAGAUGAUGUUCAAGAGGCUUACACCCUCAUAAAAGACUUGGAGCCAACCACACCACAGGAGUACAUUUUGAAAGGAGUGGUGAAUGCCUCUUUGGGUCAAGAAAUUGGAUCGAGGGAUCACCUGAAGAUUGCUCAACAGUUCUUCCAGCUGGUCGGAGGCUCAGCCAGCGAAUGCGACACGAUACCUGGAAGACAGUGUAUGGCUUCCUGUUUCUUCCUUCUGAGGCAGUUUGAAGACGUUCUCAUCUACCUCAACUCAGUCAAGAGUUACUUCUAUACUGAGGAUACGUUCAAUUUCAACUACGCCCAGGCCAAAGCUGCCUUGGGCAACUACAAAGAAGCAGAGGAGAUAUUUCUGCUGAUCCAGGGUGAGAAGAUGAAGACUGACUAUGUAUACCUGAGCUGGCUGACUCGCUGCUACAUCAUGAACCAGAAAGGCCGACUAGCCUGGGAGCUGUAUCUGAAGAUGGGGGCUUCGCCAGACUCCUUCAGCCUCCUACAACUCAUUGCCAAUGACUGCUAUCAGAUGGGUCAGUUCUACUGGGCAGCCAAAGCGUUCGAUUCUCUGGAGAAACUGGAUCCCGACUCCAACUACUGGGAGGGCAAGAGAGGGGCUUGUGUCGGAAUCUUCCAGCUCAUACUGGCAGGCAGAGAGUCGAAAGAUGUUUUGGCACAUCAUUUUUGUGCCUUGUUAAUUUACAUUGCACGGGAAACCUUGAAGGAGGUGCUGCCCCUGUUGAGGAGCACACAGAACCCCCAGGUGGAGUACAUUAUCAGAGCACUGAGGAAAUGGGCCAAAGACAACAGGGUUCCUCUGACAUAGCAAUGUCAUAUAACGUGCUUAACUCACAUAAUACACUUACUACAUGUUGUUAUUACAUUAUAUAUGUGGUUUACAUGUGCAUUUUUUUAUCAGACUCUUUUACUAGUGAAAAAUCUACAAAAUAACCUGUUUUCAUGAGUCGUGCACAAUGUGUAUUGAUGCGCUUUAUUGUACGAGUCACAGUAUUUAUCAUGAAAUACAUGUUUUAUUUGCAGUGUAUAUAAUUCUGUACAAUCUUGCCAAUCAAUUGUAUUGAAAUGUGUAUUUUGUAUUACUCAAAUGAUGCUGAUACAAGUAUUAAACCGUAUUCUCUU